GCAGACUCUAUCUAUGGUCCUAAGAAAAAAGAAAAAGUACUAUUUAUUCUAAUAUCUUAAUAAAAAAAAAAUUGUGUCAAAAAUCAUAUCAAACCAAUAUACCUAGUUAUUUGGAACAAUUAUAUAUUUUUAUUUACUUACAAAGCUCUACAUGUAAUCAUGUUUUGUCCUCAUAAAAAUUCUUACCUCCAACUUGUAUGCGCUGUGAAUCCGCGAAUAAUUAACAAGGCUGUUGAUCAAGCUAUGCAGAGAGAACAUUUCGAUCCUCAUACAGAGUUACCGCCAGCUCAACGAUUAGAAUCUAUGCAACCAUCUCUAUACGCCCCACAUGUGGACAUAACGAGGGCUCAACUCGGCUUUGGACGGAUUGGACUCAGACUUAUAAACCGAGCUUUACAUUCACAUGAUAACUUGGUGCAGUUACAAGCAUUGCAUAGUGUGCUCGACCAGGUACAAAUAUCAGAAAACGCAAUGUUUCUUAUCAACUUGCAGCUUGUAUACCGUUUAAUUGAUCUGAUGCUAGACCAAGAUCCGAUCAUUAAGAAAAAGGUUUGUCUGAUACUCAGCCGUCUGGCGACAUACUACCAGGGUCGAAGGCGCAUCAUGUCCAGACCAGUCAUUGUUGAGAACCUAAUGAGACUUAUCAUGAGAGACCGGAAAGAAAUACGGUACGCGGCAUCCUAUACGUUGAAGACUUUAGCGAGAGACAGGUGCGCGUGCGAGGUAAUAAUGCAAAAUGAACAAGUCGUUGAGGAUCUUUUGAAAAUGGUGAAGAGUGAUCAUACCGGAAUUGUUGUUUUACAUCUGGCUACACUGACCAAUCUCGCUGAAUGGGACCCGACUAGGGCAUUGAAAGCCAACGCUUUUCAGAUCAUGCUAACACUGUUCGAGAAUAAGGAUCCGAGGAUAGUAAGCGGUGCUAUGGACUGCAUGUCACAGCUGUGUAAACACGACGUUGGCAAAGUUCUAGCAGAUGAUUACGACUUGACAUUUGUUUUGAGACGGUUCCUAAAGUCUUCUCAAAUCGAGGUGAUAAUUAGCGCAACUGGUCUUAUGUGCUACACAACGUUGACUACGCGCUCCAAAUGGCGAGCUAAAGAAUCCUGCAACGAGUUGACUAAACUCUUAGUUAAUUUAUGCUGCACCCCAAACUUACCCCUGUUGCAAAUUAGAUGUAUGCAAGUGUUGAUAAAUCUCUGCGACUCCCCAGAUAUCAGGCAUCACAUGAAAGUCUAUUGGGAGAAGAAGGUCAAGACGAUAAAUGUAAGGACCCACGAGGAGUGGGAUGGGACGUCGGAAACGUCCAGUUAUGGGUUAGAAACUGCCCACAACUACAGGACGAUGUGCAUAGAAAAGGUCGAGACCAUAAAAAAUGACUUUGGUGAUAACGCCCAGGUUGUGAAUGUGCAUAGCUAUUUGAGAAGAAUACGAGAGGUAAAAGAACAUUUGCUGCAAGCAAUCAAUUGGAAAUCUUACAAAAAUUAAAAAAUAACCCUUAAAAUAUAACUCACAGAGUUGAAAAUUUGUUAACAUUAAUAUUUCUAAUAACCAAUCGGUUAUCCAAUAUUAUUUGUAUUUGGAAUAUUUUAAAUCAAACAACUGUAAAUAUUUAUUUAUUUAAUUGUUUAAAAUUUUUAAAACAAAAAUACAUUUAUAAGUCACUAGUUGAGCUACAUUUGGUUUCAUUAAAUACACUUUUGUGCCUUCUAUGGCGGAGUUAAAGCUAUUCAUGCAAAUUUCAAUUGAA